GAUAUUUAAGACAACAGAGACACUAUUGGCGAGUCUUUUCUAUGAUUGAUUAGAUAUGGAAAGGUUCUUGAAUAUUAUAUUAUUUUUGAGUCUUUUUGCUUUUAUUACACUCUUGUAUGAGGAUAGUAUAAGCGGUUUUUUUCGGCGGGUAUAUACAGUAAACGAACAAGAAAUUUCGAAAUGGGAUUAUGAUACAAUGCAUGUAAUUGAUACACCUGGGUGUAAAAUUCCGAAUUACGAAGCAUUCGAUAUUUCUGUUAGAGGAAAAAUACAGCCGGGCAACUUUAUGAAUUGUGAAGGAACACCAAACUUCGUUCGACUGGAAUCAACGUGCUUAAAAGUAGAUCGAUCUGCAUUGCAAAUUUCGAAGUACAAAGACUCUUUUUCAUUUUGUCGUGUUCACACUAUAUACAGACCACGAUCAGGAGAACAUCACAACUACUUCAAAUACAUAAAUGAAAGGAUAUUGACUAACAAGUCGUUGUGUCUGAAAAGUGACAUGGUCCGUGUUCAGUGCUUUGAUAAAAAGAAUGUCACUAUUUAUACUAAUUUUUUCUGGAUAUACCAAAAGAAUGAAACAUUUGAAACGUUAUGUGAGGAUCGCUCAAGAAAAAGAUCGGAGAAUCCGAAUAUAACAGAAACUUUAAGUGUUUUGCUCCUUGGUGUAGAUUCCACAUCUAGACUCAAUUCGCAAAGAUUUCUUGUCAAGACGAGGCAAGCAUUGACACAGAAAUUUCAUUCCUACGAAUUCAAAGGUCAAAAUAUCAUAGGUAUGGAUACGUUCCACAAUUUGGUCCCUAUGCUAGCAGGCAAGAGUUUGUUGGAACUUAAAAAGGAUGGAAAAUUUGGAAAUGUUCCCAUGGAUAAUUUUGAUUUUAUUUGGCAAGAAUUCGAAGAAGAAGGUUAUCGGACAUUAUUUGCCGAGGACGCCGCAUGGAUGGCUGUAUUUGACUAUGUAAAGCAGGGAUUUAGAACUUUCCCAACCUACUUCUUCAAUCGCCCCUGGUCGGUUGCUUGGGAGUCCGCUCGUACUCCUUGUAUGGGUGGCAGGUCAGAACCAGGAGCCAUUAUGGAAUACAUGACCAAAUUUGUGGAUGUGUAUAAAAAUAAACCUUAUUUGGCUUCUGUCUUUAUUACAUCUCUGACUCACGACAGUCAAACAUUAUCAGCAGAACUAGACGAAAUUCUUUCAGUCUUUUUUAACAGGGCUUUUGAAUCAAGUGCUUUUAACAACACAAUAUUAUUUUUCUAUGGAGACCAUGGUUUACGAUAUAGCUCUACUCGCUCUACGGACAUAGGCACGCAUGAGGUACAGUCGCCGAUGUUCUUUGUUACUACUCCAAAGUGGUUUUCUGAAAAAUAUAGAACAAUAGAUGAUAAUCUAAGAAGAAAUACACAUAAAUUGACUACAUUGUAUGACCUUCAUGAAACUCUUCGAAAUAUUUUGAAUUUCAAUGGAGAGGAAGUACCUCAAUACAGUGUUCACCAGAGAGGAGAAAGUUUAUUCUCGGAAGUUUCAGAUACGAGAAAUUGUUCCGAUGUUGGUGUUCCUGAAUCAAUGUGUUCAUGUAGUCAAUAUAAAAAAGUAAACAACAUUUCUUUAAUCUAUCGAAAAUACAAUCUAUCGGAUAUAGUAGUAACGAAAUUAAAUGAUCUUCUGAAGAACCACAAAGCAAUUUGUGAACAUCUUACGUUAGAUAAAACCAUUAUUGUUUAUAAAGAUACAUCCAAGAAAAGACUGAAGGCAUUUAAAAUAACUAUUCGAACGUCACCCGGGAAAGCCUUAUUUGAAGCACCUGUUUUCCUUGACUCAAAAACAAACGAACACAAAGUUGGGCAAAUAUUGCGAAUCAAUAAAUAUGGAGACCAGUCUAGAUGUGUGAAUGACUACGUCCUUCGGAAUUAUUGCUUUUGUAAGAAUCAAUGAUGUGGGUUUAACACAAAAAAGUAUAGAUUAAAAUUUCGUCAUUUCGUUCUGUUUUUUAUUGUCUUUCUAAUUUGAACUCAUGUCUGCAGAGCUUUCUGAACUAAUUGUUUUUCUUCUUUUAGAAUAUGAUUUGAAACAUAUUUUGAAGUUAAUUAUUGAUAAUUAAAAAUUCUAUUUUU